UAAAGCAGCAGACGCGGAGAAGCGGCUGAUACGAGUAACUAUGCCGGUGAGAAAGGUCAGGAAAACCAGCGCAAAGGCUGAAGGGGACGGCGAAGGGCAGUUAAGUAACGAACAACAUGAAAAACGGAAGCGGCUUUUUAUGCAGCAGUUUGAAAAAGAAGCACAGGACCGGCUGAAUGAGAUGGACGGCAAGAUGGAGCAGAUCCUGGCCACUGUGGAGCGGGUAUGUAGGGUGGAAAUGAUGAAGAUGCCGCCAGCCAUGCUGCGCACCCGAAUUAAGGACCUGAUGUGCGAGGAAGAUACUCCAGUCGGAGAAGUCACCAUCGCGAUCAAGAACGAGUCUACAGAGAUCAAUCAACCCCUGACUAGGAAGCCGAGCAAAAAAGGCCAGACAAAUGCAUCUGCUCCAAGACUGCAAAGAACUUUGUCAGUUCAAAGCAAAAAGGCCACAAAGGAAGUAUCUCGGAUGACCAAGUCGAGAUCACUUGCAAAUGCAGCAGAUUCCUUCAAGACCCCCCGGGUAACCACAACUCAAACCGCUAAGAGGACUCGAAGGUGUGUUUCCAAAAUCAGUGACCCCACUUCUGCUAAAACCCAGGAAAGAUCCAAACACCUCCUGGAUCCUUUCGGCACCUCGUCUCUGAUGGCCACAGCAACAGUGUCCACUUCUGGUGGUGAGACCCUGCUUCUGUCCAAUGAUGUCAAAGACCACAUUGACAUUGGGAUGCUGGAUGACAUGGCAGUGUUGCAGAUGCAGCAGCUGAGGGAAUUGAUGGAUUACCUGUGUAAAAAGGUUGAAAAUGGUGCUCAAUGAAGAACAAUGAUCUAAUAUUUGUAUUAAAGUAAAUCAUAAUAAAGUGUUUUAAGUGGUCUGA